GAGAUUUCGGGCUACCAUGUUUGAGUUUUACUGCGAAACUUUUUGGUAUUUGUAGUCGUCUAUAAAAUUGGAACACUCUAAAAAUCCAAAAAUCACUCCAUUCCUUAUUCAACAGCGGGAUUUUGUGUAUAAAAGGAAGAUAGAAAAUAUAAACAAAAACAGUGUUUUAACCAGCAAUCAAAUUUUAAAUUAAAGUAUACAAAUAUGUCACAAAUGGAUAUAUCGCAUGUGCAAAUGGUGCGGUCUGCGAAAGGCAUUGAUAUGUUAUGUGUCGAUAAUUUCUUAUAUCAUUUUGUGGACAGAGGAAAUAAAAGAUGCCGGUGGGUAUGCAAUAGGUUGAAAAAUAAAUACCAGCCGUGCCGUUCAAGAAUAGCCACUGUUAUAAUUGAAGGUGAUGAGUCUCAGCAUAAAGUAGUGCGAGUAACAAACGAACAUACGCAUGAACGCUGUUCUGAAAAAGAAAUUUCUAAAGUAGUUGAACGAAAGCUCCGCGCAGAUUUGGCUGGUAAGCCGUGCACUUUGAAAAGCAAACGUAUAAAGCACAAACAUUUAUCGGAUGAGGAAACUAACGCCAGUAAGCAAAGAUGGAAUGACGGUUCGGAAUCUGAUGAGUGGCCAGCAGAUGAUGAAGACAUAUUUCCCAAAGAAAUCAAUAAAAAUGAAAAAGUUGUUGAAGCGAGUUCUGAAAACGAUGACAUCUCUAGGAAUGAAGGAAAUAUCUUCAGUUUCGAAAAACAAAAGUUAUACAUGCUCAAAACUGCGCUUGGACGCCAGAUGAUAUCAGUAGACGGUUUUCUUUAUCGUUUAGAAUCUAAGUCUAUUACAUCGAAUACUCAUCGCUGGGAGUGUAUAAAGCAAGAUCCUGCGUGUAAAAUACGUAUUCUUACGGAGUGUUUAUCGAAUAACACUCACCGCUUAAAAGAUCGACAGGUUGUGAAUCAUAGUCAUAACGGCUAUACACCUUUGAAACUGACGAAACUACUCCUUAAAAACAACAUAAGUGUACUAACUGGAAGUGGCGAAAAUGCAGCUUUCAAAUCAAUGAAAGAUUUAGAAAACUUAAAAAAUUACUCUCCAAAGCAUGGUACACCAUCAAUUAAACCACCAAAAAAACGUAUAAUUGAAAGUUUUAACGCUAAAACAUCGACGGAAGAAACCACGAACAAUGGCCAAGAAAAAGCCAAACGAUUUCGAACAAAAGCGCAGCCUGUGACUUAUACAUAUUCAGAAGAUCCGCUUGCGGCUUUAUCAACUAACACGAAACAUGACUUGGAUAAAGCAAAAUUCACGUUUUUACCCUCAGCUAAGGGACAUAAAGUUCUUUGCCUUGAUAAUUACAUUUAUCAUUUGGAUACUCGAAGCCCGCGCAAUGGCCGGGCAUAUUGGACAUGUCUUCUACGUCGAGAUAAAUUUUACAAAUGUAAUGCCCGUGUAACGACAGAAAUGACACAUAAAGGUCCGAUUAUAGUUCGAGUGUCCGGGACUCAUUUACAUUCCAAUCAUUCACAAGAUAUUAAGCGGCGCUUGUGUAAAAGUUUUGUUGUGCAAAACGCAGAGAAAGCCGGCUUGAAAACUGAAAAUAUACUAAACGAAUCAGGAAAUGGAUUAAAUAAAGAAUUUAAAGAGAUUGUGGAAAGGUCGAAAGAAACCAUUGAACGUCGAAUUGGAUAUUUGAGUAAGCAAGGCAGUAACUCAGAAAAAGAAGUAAAGUCGAAAAGUUUAACAGCAAUGGAUUUGUGCGAGAACACUGUUUCCAGUUUUUCCAGUGCUCUAGACUCAGAUGACGAUCAUCUAGAUAGUUCUUCUGUCUUACCAAACAAAUUGGAGGAAAUGCGUGAGAACGCUAAAAUAUCUGAUGUUUGUGAUACUGAAACAAUGACAAAUCCGGAUGACUUACAAAAGCAAGAAAUUGUCUAUAAUGUUACAUACCAAGAUUUGGUUGAAGAAAUGACUGAAGGAGAUGAAAUGGAAGUUGAAUAUUUAGACAUAAAUACAUAUUCAAAUGAUGACCAUUUAGAAACAAGUUCAUUAAAAAACGCGGAUUGUUUGGACGUAUCGACAAAUCAAAAAGCUCUAUUAGAUACAAAUUUAACAAUCGAUACAGAAAUGGAUGUGAGCAAUGUGUCAACUUUGCGUUCUGCCAAAGGCGGCGAAUUGUUAUGUGUAGAUGGUUAUAUUUACCAUUUGAGGAGUACGCAGAAUAAUCGUACCUAUUGGUCAUGCAUAAAAUGCAAGGAUCCGGAACUUAAUUGCAAAAGUCGUGUAUCUACAAUUAAUGUGAAUAAUGAGAUACGUGUUUUCCGUACCACUAACCGUCAUACUCACCCGGUAAUUGAGUCAGAUAUUAAACGCCGUUUAUUCAACGAAAUAAAAAAUGAGAAAAAUCAUGCGGAAAAAAUAUUUGGACCAUCAAUAGAUGCUCUAAAUGUGAAAUAUACAAAAAUAUUAGGAAAAGAUACAGCGAAAAAGGGAUUGGACAACUUCGAGACGGAAAUCGAUGAUGCCAUAGGUAUGACGAUGAAAUUGUAUGCCGUGUCCGAUGGCCCCCCAUCACUAUCAGUUCGCAUGGUUCUUAAGGCUCUCAACAUACCUUACGAACUGGUUAAUAUCGACUUUAUCGCCGGAGAACAUAUGACAGAGGAUUAUGCCAAAAUGAAUCCGCAAAAAGAAAUUCCCGUGCUUGAUGAUGACGGUUUUUAUUUACCCGAGAGCAUUGCUAUAAUGCAGUAUCUUUGUGAUAAAUAUGCUCCAAAUAAUAAUCUAUAUCCGAGAGAUGCAAACAAGCGAGCUAUUGUGAACCACAGGCUCUGCUUCAAUAUGGGUUUUUACUAUGCCGCCAUUUCAGCUCAUAGUAUGGCGCCAAUAUUUUUCGAUUACCAACGCACCGAUAUGAGCCUUAAGAAAGUUAAUAAUGCUUUAAGUGUUUUUGAAACAUAUUUGCGAGAUGGCGCCACGAAGUAUGCCGCCGCAGAUUUUUUGACAAUUGCUGAUUUGGGCUUAGUGUCAGCUACUAUGUGCCUAGAAGCAAUCAACUUUGAUUUUUCACCUUACCCAUUGGUACAGAAAUGGUACGAAACAUUUAAAUUGGAAAAACCUGAAUUGUGGGAAAUCGCAAAUGGUGGAAUGCAGGAAAUUGCUGAAUUCGAGAAAAACCCUCCAGACUUAUCUCACAUGAAACAUCCAUUUCAUCCAACACGCAAAUUAAAAGAAUAAAUUUGGAUAAUUGGAUUACGAAAACAAACACUCGUCGCUUUCUAUAUUGAAAACAUCAGCAAUUAUCUUAAAAAGGUUUAAUUUUUUCAAUGUUAUUUUUAUCAAUUCUAGUAAAAAUUAAAAUGUAUACAAAAUAUAAUAUUUAUCGAGAUAUCUCUUGAAAUUGUUAAGCACUCUCUAUAAUUUUCACAAAUAUAACCAUUUAUUUUACUUUCAAAAACAAAAGGUUAAAGUGUGGUAAAUAAUUAUAUAAUAUUAAUUGUGAAGUAAUAUAUUAAUAAACUGUUCAGAAUCUUAUAUAUUUAAGGUCGCAGCAUUACGUAAAACAUAAUCCUUAAACUAAAAACUUUGAUAGCAACAUUUUACUUUUUUUUUGCCACAUUCAAACAAAGCACAACUCUUCAAAAAUUAAGCUAAGUUAUUUCGUUCGGGGAAUAUACAUAUAUUUAUGCAUUAUGCGUGAAAAUUACUCCAUUUGUUGGCUACCUUUAAAAGGCAAGCCAUAAAUAGAAGCAAAUGUAAACGAUAAGGAGAUGCUGUAGAUUAGGAAUUAGAAAAAACCUAUUGUUCAAAACUGACUUGGUCGUCCGACGAUGACAAUGUAGUUAGCAAAAACUUUUUUCAAGCUUUUAAGAAUUUUUCUGAUAUUUGAUUAUAAGUUUGAUACCUAAGGGAAACGACUAUAAAAGCUAAGUUACUGUUUUUUACGAUUAGAAAGAUAGUAAACAUCAAUAUAUCAGAAAAUUGCUGUCAAAUGUACUGAAUUUACCUGAAGUCCUCAAUUAAACUUCCAAUUGCCUCCGAAAGCUUCCGAUACGUUCGUCCCCAUGAUGAAUCUUGUGUCACAUCACCCAACAACGCUUUAGGAUCUGGGUCCAAAUAGUUGUCAAGCUGUUUACGUGCUGUUUUGCUGAGCAAAUCCAUUUUACUUAAUAUAUUUACAUGCGGCAUUUCUAAGUUGGCCAUUA